AGUGCGUGCACUUGUUUUAUUUUAAAUUUUAAGCGUGUAGCCUGUAGUCGUGUAAAUCGCAACGUUAUUAAAAGCUUUUGUUUAAUAUUGUGGUAAAACAGACAGUAAAAAUUAAAAAGAUGUUUGAUAAUCGAAAAAAGCUUUCUGGAGCACAGUACAGAAAACAAAAGCUUGAAAAAGAAGAAUUAACUAAAAAGGCUUGCAGUUCACUCCAAGCGUUUUUAAUCCCAACAAGAUCACAUAACAAACCAUCAAGUUCCCAAGCCCGAGAUCAAAAUGUGGUGGAGACUAUAUGUAUAAUGGUCAAUAGCGGAGAAGAGAAGGAGAACUCAUCGAAUACCAAAACUAUAGUGGAAGGUGAUGUUUUGCAGAACAAGGAUCUGAAGCAGUACGCACCAAACAACAAGAGCAGUGGACCCCUUAAGUCCUAUAACUUAUAAAUAAAAUAGUGAAUGAACACGCCGUUGUAGUCGCACCGAUACAUCAGACCUGAAAACCGCUGAAAAUACUCGCGUUGCAUCUGAGGAGAAAGCGCUUCUAAAUUUACGUUUUUUUUGUUUUCACGUCAAAUAUUACGGUAGUAAUGAACCAGUAUUAGUUUUUUUUUAAUUCAAAAAUGCCUGACACGUCUU